UUUAUUUGUUCCUCCACUUUGCGAUAUUCGCAGUUUUCUUCAGCGCACGGCACAAUUCUAAUGCAAAAUUUUCAACAUUUGUUUACCUUUGAGUCAGGGUUUUUCUGUUCUUCUCACUGCUAAGGCUUCCUUCCGCAAAUAAACGGCCAACAAGGCGUUAUUUUUGGUGCUCGAAAACUGUGCGAGGCACCUCCUCUGCUGCAGCUGGCGUCACGUACAUCAGUCGCAAUUUCUGGAACGCAUUUGAACGGAUGAAAAUGGGAACCAAAUAAGGUCUUCCAAUGAGCUGGAUGUAUGACGCGGAGGAAGUUAACCACUUCAGAAAAAUUGCUACCUCGCAGAGAAAAAUCCCAAUGAUAAUGGCGCUCAACGGCUUCCUCGAGUUCUUCCAGCGGGAAAAGACCUUCCGGCCGCGGAAAAAGUUCGCCCAAGGAACAAUCCGCUACUCGCUGCACAAGCAAGCCCACGCAAGUCUGCAGUCGGGAAUAAACCUACGGGACGUGGUCAGGCUGCCGCCCGGGGAAAACAUGAACGAUUGGCUGGCGGUUCACGUAGUGGACUUUUUCAACCGGAUCAAUCUGAUCUACGGAACCGUAUCGGAGUACUGCAACGAAACGACGUGUCCCACCAUGAGCGGAGGUUCCAAGUACGAGUACCUCUGGGCCGAUGGAGAUGUCUUCAAGAAGCCAACCCAACUACCUGCCCCGCGCUACGUCGCACUGCUCAUGGACUGGGUGGAGAACCAGAUCAACACCGAGACGCUCUUCCCAGUGUCGACCGAUGUGCCAUUCCCGAAGUCUUUCCCAAGCCUGUGCAAGAAGAUUUUGGCCCGACUGUUUCGAGUAUUUGUGCAUGUGUACAUCCAUCACUUUGAUCGAAUCGUCAGUAUUGGAGCGGAAGCUCACGUCAACACGUGUUACAAGCAUUUUUACUACUUUAUCCAAGAAUUCGAUCUGAUGUCCGGCAAGGAGCUCGAACCGCUGGCCGUGAUGACCGCGCAGAUGUGCAAAGAUUAGGGUUGUUUUCUUUUAGACUAACGCUUGAAUUUAUGUACUGAAUUUUAGGAUUGUGACUAUGAACCCAUAUGAAUUUGAUGACUAAAUUUCUUAUCUAGGUCGUUCCUUGCCUUGGAUGCAUAAUAAACAAAAGUAGCGGUUUUGGAAGCAUACAA